GAAUAGUCUCGAGCCAAAUUCGUGAUCAGUAGCCUCCAAAAUUGAAAGAAAAUGGCAUUUCGGAAAAAUCGUUUGAAAUCUGUGAUGGUACACCUUUAGAGUCUGCCAAAAACGGACCCGGAAGAAAUCCGCCCAAAUUGGCCCUGGAUGGACUUAACCGUCGUUGAAGAAUAGCCUCAAGUCGAAUCCACCAUCUUUAUCGUUCAAAUUCGAGGAAAAUGGCCUUUAAAAAAAAUUGCUGAAAUAUUUACGAAAAUGCCAUCCCAAAAUAUAUUGGCCCAAUUCGGUGCUUAAUUAACUUAAUCAUCGGCGCAGAAUAGGAUCAAUAGACUUUAUUAUCGGUGGAGAAUAGCCUCAAGAUCCGUGAUCUGUAGCCUCCAAAAUCGAAAGAAAAUGGCAUUUCGGAAAAAUCGCUCAAAAUAUGUGAUGGUACCCCUUUGGAGUUUGCCAAAAAUGGACCCGGAAGAAAUCCGCCAAAAUUGGCCCUGGAUGGACUUAAUCGUCGUUGAAGAAUAGCCUCAAGUCGAAUCCACCAUCUUUAUCGUUCAAAUUCGAGGACAAUGGCCUUUAAAAAAAAUUGCUGAAAUAAUUACGAAAAUACCAUCCCAAAAUAUAUUGGCCCAAUUCGGUGCUUAAUUAACUUAAUCAUCGGCGCAGAAUAGGAUCAAUAGACUUUAUUAUCGGUGGAGAAUAGCCUCAAGAUCCGUGAUCUGUAGCCUCCAAAAUCGAAAGAAAAUGGCAUUUCGGAAAAAUCGCUCAAAAUCUGUGAUGGUACCCCUUUGGAGUUUGCCAAAAAUGGACCCGGAAGAAAUCCGCCAAAAUUGGCCCUGGAUGGACUUAAUCGUCGUUGAAGAAUAGCCUCAGGCCGAAUCCACCAUCUUUAUCCUUCAAAAUCCAAGGAAAAUGGCCUUUCAAAAAAAAUUGCUCAAAUAAUUACGGAAAUGCCAUCCCAAAAUAUAUUGGCCAUAUUCGGUGCUUAAUUAACUUAAUCAUCGGCGCAGAAUAGGAUCAAUAGACUUUAUUAUCGGUGGAGAAUAGCCUCGAGCCGAAUCAGUGAUCUGUAGCCUCCAAAAUAGAAUGAAAAUGGCAUUUCGGAAAAAUUGUCCGAAAUCGGUGAUGGUACCCCUUUAGAGUCUGACAAAAAUGGACCCGGAAGAAAUCCGCCCAAAUUGGCCGUGGAUGGACUUAAUCGUCGUUGAAGAAUAGCCUCAGGCCGAAUCCACCAUCUUUGUCCUUCAAAAUCCAAGGAAUAUGGCCUUUCAAAAAAAAAAAAAAAAUUUGCUCAAAUAUUUACGAAAAUGCCGUCCCAAAAUAUAUUGGCCCAAUUCGGUGCUUAAUUGACUUAAUCAUCGGCGCAGAAUAGGAUCAAUACACUCUAUUAUCGGUGGAGAAUAACAUCGAGCCGAAUACGUGACCUGUAGGCUCCAAAAUCGAAAGAAAAUGGCAUUUCGGAAAAAUCGCCCGAAAUCUGUGAUGGUACCCCUUUGGAGUUUGCCAAAAAUGGACCCGGAAGAAAUCCGCCAAAAUUGGCCCUGGAUGGACUUAAUCGUCGUUGAAGAAUAGCCUCAGGCCGAAUCCACCAUCUUUGUCCUUCAAAAUCCAAGGAAUAUGGCCUUUCAAAAAAAAAAUAAAAAUUUGCUCAAAUAUUUACGAAAAUGCCGUCCCAAAAUAUAUUGGCCCAAUUCGGUGCUUAAUUGACUUAAUCAUCGGCGCAGAAUAGGAUCAAUAGAAUUUAUUAUCGGUGGAGAAUAGCCUCGAGUCGUAUCCAUGAUCUAUAGCCUCCAAAAUCGAAAGAAAAUGGCAUUUCGGAAAAAUCGCCCGAAAUCAGUGAUGGUACCCCUUUGCAAUUUGCCAAAAAUGGAUCCGGAAGAAAUCCGCCAAAAUUGGCCCUGGAUGGACUUAAUCGUUGUUGAAGAAUUGCCUCAGGCCGAAUCCACCAUCUUUAUCCUUCAAAAUCCAAGGAAAAUGGCCUUUCAAAAAAAAAUUGCUCAAAUAAUUACGAAAAUGCCAUCCCAAAAUAUAUUGGCCCAAUUCGGUGCUUAAUUGACUUAAUCACCUGCGCAGAAUAGGAUCAAUAGACUUUAUUAUCGGUGGAGAAUAGCCUCUUGCCAAAUCCGUGACCUUUAGCCUCCAAAAUCAAAAUAAAUGGCAUUUCGGAAAAAUCGCCCGAAAUCUGUGAUGGUACCCCUUUGGAGUUUGCCAAAAAUGGAUCCGGAAGAAAUCCGCCCAAAUUGGCCCUGGAUGGACUUAAUCAUCGUUGAAGAAUAGCCUCAGGCCGAAUCCCCCAUCUUUAUCCAUCAAAAUCCAAGGAAAAUGGCCUUUAAAAAAAAAAAAUUGCUCAAAUAAUUACGAAAAUGUCAUCCCAAAAUAUAUUGGCCCAAUUCGGUGCUUAAUUGACUUAAUCAUCGGCGCAGAAUAGGAACAAUAGAAUUUAUUAUCGGUGGAGAAUGGCCUCGAGUCGUAUCCAUGAUCUGUAGCCUCCAAAAUCGAAAAAAUGGCAUUUCGGAAAAAUCUCCCGAAAUCAGUGAUGGUACCCCUUUGGAGUCAGCAAAAAAUGGACCCGGAAGAAAUCUACCCAAAUUGGCCCUGGAUGGACUUAAUCGUGGUUGAAGAAUAGCCUCUGGCCGAAUCCACCAUCUUUAUCCUUCAAAAUACAAGCAAAAUGGCCUUUCAAACAAAAAUUCCUCAAAUAAUUACGAAAAAGGCAAUCCCAAAAUAUAUUGGCCGUAUUCGGUGCUUAAUUAACUUAAUCAUCGGCGCAGAAUAAGAUCAAUAGACUUUAUUAUCGGUGGAGAAUAGCCUCGAGCCGAAUCCGUGAUCUGUAGCCUCCAAAAUCGAAAGAAAAUGGCAUUUCGGAAAAAUAGCCCGAAAUCUGUGAUGGUACCCUUUUGGAGUCUGCAAAAAAUGGACCCGGAAGAAAUCCGCCCAAAUUGGCCAUGGAUGUACUUAAUCAUCGUUGAAGAAUAGCCUCAGGCCGAAUCCCACAUCUUUAUCCUUCAAAAUCCAAGGAAAAUGGCCUUUCAAAAAAAAAAAAAAUUGCUCAAAUAAUUACGAAAAUGUCAUCCCAAAAUAUAUUGGCCCAAUUCGGUGCUUAAUUGACUUAAUCAUCGGCGCAGAAUAGGAACAAUAGAAUUUAUUAUCGGUGGAGAAUAGCCUCGAGUCGUAUCCAUGAUCUGUAGCCUCCAAAAUCGAAAAAAUGGCAUUUCGGAAAAAUCUCCCGAAAUCUGUGAUGGUACCCCUUUGGAGUCAGCAAAAAAUGGACCCGGAAGAAAUCUACCCAAAUUGGCCCUGGAUGGACUUAAUCGUGGUUGAAGAAUAGCCUCUGGCCGAAUCCACCAUCUUUAUCCUUCAAAAUCCAAGCAAAAUGGCCUUUCAAACAAAAAUUCCUCAAAUAAUUAUGAAAAAUGCAAUCCCAAAAUAUAUUGGCCAUAUUCGGUUCUUAAUUAACUUAAUCAUCGGCGCAGAAUAAGAUCAAUAGACUUUAUUAUCGGUGGAGAAUAGCCUCGAGCCGAAUCCGUGAUCUGUAGCCUCCAAAAUCGAAAGAAAAUGGCAUUUCGGAAAAAUAGCCCGAAAUCUGUGAUGGUACCCCUUUGGAGUCAGCAAAAAAUGGACCCGGAAGAAAUCUGCCCAAAUUCGCCCUGGAUGGACUUAAUCGUGGUUGAAGAAUAGCCUCUGGCCGAAUCCACCAUCUUUAUCCUUCAAAAUACAAGCAAAAUGGCCUUUCAAAAAAAAAUUCCUCAAAUAAUUACGAAAAAGGCAAUUCCAAAAUAUAUUGGCCGUAUUCGGUGCUUAAUUAACUUAAUCAUCGGCG